CUUCCACAUCCCCUUCAUCACCCUCAGCUUUCAUUUUGGGCCUUCUCUUCUCUCUCCUCUUUGCUCGCUCACAGUGUGAAUUGGGAGCUGAAACCUAAAAUGCUGGGCCGACUCGCCGCCACUCGGCUCCAAGAGAUCCGCCGAGUCUUCACUCAGCCGUCGUCUGUUCGAUCCUUGUCCACUGCGCUCAACUACCAUAUUAACUCGCCGGACAACAAUCCAGAGCAACCAUGGGAGUUCAGCGAGUCUAACCAAGCUAAGGUGAAAGAGAUACUUUCUCAUUAUCCGUCCAACUACAAGCAAUCUGCAGUGAUUCCACUGCUGGAUCUUGCCCAACAGCAACAUGGAGGAUGGCUCCCUGUUUCAGCAAUGAAUGCAGUAGCGAAGGUUAUAGAAGUUGCUCCUAUACGUGUAUAUGAAGUUGCAACAUUUUAUUCAAUGUUCAACCGGGCAAAGGUUGGCCAAUAUCAUCUGUUGGUAUGUGGGACAACACCCUGUAUGAUUCGUGGCUCACGAGAUAUUGAAUCUGCUCUACUGAAACACCUAGGAGUUAAACGCAAUGAAGUAACCAAGGAUGGAUUAUUCUCUGUUGGGGAAAUGGAAUGCAUGGGUUGCUGUGUGAAUGCUCCUAUGAUUACAGUGGCAGAUUACUCAAAUGGAUCGGAGGGAUAUACUUAUAAUUAUUAUGAAGAUGUUACUCCAGAAAAAGUUGUGGAAAUAGUUGAAAAGUUACGAAAGGGUGAAAAGCCUCCGGCCGGCACUCAAAAUCCUAAGCGCAUGAAGUGUGGACCAGAAGGUGGAAAUACUACGUUGCUCGGUGAGCCAAAACCUCCUCCAUGCCGGGAUCUUGAUGCAUGCUAAGACUAUGAUUUAUGUUUAUAAUAAUGCAAAUCUUGGAGCUUUCAGGCUUCCAUUUGCUCUGGGCACUUGUUGCAUUGUACGCAUAUACUUGAACUGUUCUGUGUAUUCGAGUGGCAGUAUAACUUCUGCCAGUGAUGUAUUUUUGUAUGCAUCCAUCUUUCAUUAUGUUGUCGGUUAAGCUAUACAGUUCUACAAAUGGUUCAUGGGCUUGCCACAUUUUUUCUUCA